UUCCGACGAGUCGACGGUGAUCAUGGGUGCCCAGGAAGAGGAUACCAAGUCCAGUACCAUGGGUGGGGUGCUUCCUGUGGUGGAGGUCGCAUCUCUGGUCGAGAAGGCUAAGUUCUACACCUCCCUCUGCCUGGGCACCACAGCAAUCCUCGCCGUUUUCGCCUUCCUCUUUUUGAUACCAUUCGUUGUCGAGCCAGCGAUAUCGACGAUCCUGGCUGACUUCUCUCCUCACGCAGUGGCCUGCAUCGUCACCGAUCACGUCUACGCCGAGGGACUCAAGAACUGCUCUUGGGCGAGCUGCAGGGAAGGUUGUACCAGUGCCGCCCUGCGUUGUCACCAAAUCAGGGUAAACUACACGAGGCUAUCGUUCGAGGAAUUCAUGGCGAAGCCGCUCGGUUCCAUUCCCUGGGAUGUGCCAGACACGAAAUUCUUCGUGAACACGGAAGGCUGCGGCUAUCCGCCACGAGUGAACUGUUCCGAUUUUGCAAAGAAAUACGGAUAUUCGAACAUAGGGAAGAUAUUCCCCUGUUAUUACAGCAGAACACACCCCGAGACUGUCGUCGCGAGGUAUUCUUGGGAUGAGAAUUUAAGGCAUCUGGUACUAGCUUUAGUGGUGCCCAUAGUUCUAUUUGUGGUGUCUCUCGGUGUAUUGUGCUAUUGGUACUGUCCGCCAAUGGGCAAGACUUGCGGUGGACCAGGCCGCAAUCUCAUUGACAAGUACGCUAGGAAGGAAGAGUAAGUAACGUCAUCCUGGGAGAGGACGAGUUCGAGGAAGACGAGGAAGAAUACUGACUGCUACCAAGGGCUCACCCCCCCGCGCGGGAGUGACGCCGAAGAAACUACUGAAAGUCUCCAGCGUAUUUUACGUUUUAAACUUAAGCGAUCGUUCAGAAGCAAUAGCAUCGUUAAGGAAAUUACAUCAACGAACAUAAAUUUCGCUACACCGACAUUAUUUCGAAUUCAAUUUAUUCCAAAUAAUAAUGUUAAACCGACGGAAUUUAUUCACGGGCUUAAUGAAUUGCUUUACGCCGACAAGAGAACGGUCGUCACGCCAUGUUUGCUGUUCCAGAGGACGGCUUUACGAUCACCAAGUUUUUUCGAUUAUUCGCAAAAUUGCAAUAAAUUCAGGGCAAUAUUGUGUCCUUAAUACACGAUACAACCUUUUUCUCGAAAGAAUUCCUGCGAGAAUAUUUACAAACGUAAGCGAUUAAAAGCUUAACCCGUCGUGAGAUCGAAGCGUUCGAGGCGAUAAUGGCGCCCUCACAAAAUGGCGGGCGCCGAAAGUGCUAACCGUAAGCUUCUCAAAGUACUCUUACACGCUCGUACAAAUUAUAACCAGAUGUCUGCGAUAUUUUUACACCGCGCAACAUGGAACCAAGAAACAGAUAAUCUCGUACGACGAUUUCAAUCGUAUUUUUUCCUGUUCUUUUUUAAACGAAACGAAGAUGGCGCGUACCCGCGAGAUUUUUAUACGGAACGCAAUAAAACGUUUAGCGGAUUCGUGGAUCUAACGAGGUGAAGCGGGCCGGCCGGUUUUUUCUGCGGGGAAGCUCGAUCAUCUACCAGUAUUUCGAACGUGGUUCAGUUUGUACGAUGAAAAGUAAAGGUGCGCCUUCCUAAAACGUGAUAAACUUUAAGCGUAAGGAAUCGAUGUUCGUCGGGUGGCACGUUUUAACGCAGCAUUCGUUCGUAAUAGAAUAAGCGGAUCAGCUCGUGUUAUCAUGUUCGUAAGUCAUGUUUACUCAGACUCGGACAAGUCGGCACUUAAGUGGCGAGUAGAAGAAAAUUGCAAAGGAAAAAUGGAUAAUAGGAGAAAAUUAUAUGUAUGUUUCAUUCCGAUGAAACAGUUAAUCGAUAUCUCGAUGUAGCUUUUGGAAUUGUAUUUCUUGAAAAUUUGAUGAAAUUCGUCUGAAUGUAUUCAUCAUUCGAUCGAUUGUUUCACCGAGGUCUGCGUAUAUAUCCGCUGUCAACGAAGAAUCGAUGGAAACAGGCUGAGGUUGUACAAGGUGUUUCAUAAUGUCAGCGACGUUUUUGCAGCGUCUGCAAUCUACCGAUUAAUAUUUAUCUGUUCAGUAACUCAAAAAUUUAUUUUAUUCUAUUUUUUUGUCAUGAAUACGUGUAACGGAAUAGCAUGACAAAAAUAAUUAAUGACAGAAUAGAAAAUUUAUCUGAUAUUACACAGUACUUUAGUUUAACUAUGGUUGAAAAAAGCUACGGUUUAAGUAUUUAUUCUACAGAAACAAUAAUUUUGUACGUGUUAGAGAAAUGUAUCUUUGAAUGCAUCCCUGAUAAUAUACCAAUAUGGUAAUAGGUGCGAAUCACUGAUAAAUUAUUUAUUAUGGAACACUCUGUACACGGCAGCAGCAGUCGAUUUAUCGAGCGUUCUGAAAGGAAUAAUCAAACUCCCACGAAGGCUCGUGUCAUACGAAUUUAGAUAAUUUUAAUUUCUCGUUUGCUUAGAUGUAACUGCAGGCACAGAUCAAAAGUAGCUCUAAACGUUACUUUUGCAAUAAGUUCUAAAACAAAAUGUGACUUAGAAAUUUGAAUUUCGAAAUUCAUAGCUUUCGAUCAUGCAGCGACGUAGUUUUACAAUCGUGAUUUAUAAUUUUGAAAAUGUGACGCGAUCGCCUUCAAGGAUCUGUCUUCGCACCAAAGAAAAAGAAAACUCAUAGGUUAAGUCUAGGCUAUAAGUUAAGUCUGUGAAUAUUAUUCGAUGAAUUAAUCAACAGAGAUUAAUAUAAAGAGUUAUUACCAGUUUUUUACGCGGACGCCAAUCGCGUCGUGGCCCUAGUUAGACGAAAUAUUCGCGUGGUGCGCAGGUGCACGGAUGCACGCGUCUUGUGUAUGUAGUUUACAGCUGUAGAAGUCAGUAUUUCAGUUCCGUUUUUCGAAGGGACAAGCGAUCUGUUCCAUAAGCUACGAAACAACGUGACCUAGCGACCAUUUAGAAAUUAAGUAGGCAGAAUUUCCUUAUUGCACAAGAAUCUUACGAGUAGUACGCAUCUUGUAAUAUACAUAAUUUCUCUGCUGUACAGGCUGUUCCACAAAAUAGGCUCAUACAGUCAAAACUAAUAUUGAUGAACUUAUAUUAAUACUUUCUUUUAACUUUCUUGAUUCAUAUUUUUACUAGUUCUUUCUUAAUCGAGAUAAAAUAGCGCUGCCAAAUAAAUAGACAAAUCUAUAAUUGAAAGCAUAGUUACAUGAUUUAAUCAUAUAUUGUAUGCAUUAGAU